GCCCUGCAGACGCCCGGACACCCACAUCACACAGUGGGAUGGUGACUCGGCUGCUCCUCAGUUAUUUCCUGUUGCUCAACAUUUGCUGACUCGCUGUGAGGAAAUAAAUCAACCAGUCUCGGCAUGAAACAACGAAACCUCAGAUAUUUCUCAUGGAAACGCUGCGGAGCCAAGAUGGAGGUCAGACCAGUCGACUCUCGGCCUCAGGAACAUGCCGCUCUGAUUGGAUGAUUAUGAACUGCACUCUUCUUCUUCUGUAUUAAGCUAGUCUGAGUUUUUGAGGACGAGGAGCCGUCGGGAUUUCAAGGACAGGAACAAAGAAAAAGGUCUGAAUGACACAGAUCUCGGAUUACAGCAGUGAUUCUGAAUUUCUGCAAAGGAUCAUGGGAGAUUUGAAGGCACAACUGCCCAUUGAAAGCUUGGUUUCUAUCUGGUGUUGCAAGAUACGCUGACGAUGGAAUUUAUUAUCUGUUAAAACAAAUUCAGUUGUGUGUGAGCGGAACAUUUUCUAACUGUCGAACUAAAACCGUCACAUUUAGUAUUUUGUCCAGGAUCUGGUGUUUUGGAGUCUGGGGUCUCUAGUUGAACCACUUUUUAGCAGAGUGUUCAGCAGCUAUUCAGAAGAACCUCAGACACUUCUUGGCAGAGGAGGAUUUCGCGACCUCACAGCCGCCAUGCUUCCUGGAGGACUGGUGUCGGGCGGAGGGGGUCGCGGCGGCCGGCUGUGCCUGCUCCGGUGGCUCGGCCUCCGGCUGUGGUCGCGUCGCGGGACCCUGGUGUUCGCUCUGCUCUGGUUCGGCUCCUGGUUGUUCCUGAACGGCCUGGUCCUGGUCCACAGGAGCAUCAUGUCCGACUACUGCACCGACGACAAGAGCAAGAGGAUCCUGCAGAGACUGUGUCUGGAGUUCGGCGAGGGCUCGGUGACGGGGGACAUGUGCGAGGAUCUGUGUGUGCUCGGCCACGUCGAGUACAAGCGCUGCCUCUACUACGAGAACGGGAAGAAGGUGAUCGAGGCGCGCUGGAGAGGAAACCCCAUCAUCCUCAAGUCCAAACUGGAGAACUUCUCCUCCUACGAGCCACUGGGAAUACUGGACUACCAGGACACGGCAGAGGAGCUCUCUCCUCUCGAUGUGGUUUUCUACGCCACUCUGGAAGUACGAAACUCCCUGGGGCUGGCUGAGGAGGACGAGGAUGAAGAAGGAGGAGGAGGAGGAAGUAACGGCUCUCUGGCCAGACUUUGGGGGAAGAAGCUGAAACACAGAGACAAGAGUUACUCCAGAGCAGAGCUGGCCUCCCUCUGGUCCCUGCUGCAGCAGGAGGAGUACACCUUCCUCAGAGUCCUGCAGGACCUCAGCACCCACGUGGCCAAGGUGUUGGGCUCCUGCGGUCAUUUCUACGCGGUGGAGUACCUGUCUGCGGGACACGCCUGGGACCAGAACAUCUUCUCCCUGGAGGAGGUGGCUGCUCCCGGGCCGCAGGGUCAGGACCGGGCCGGAGCCCGCGGGAGGUGGACCAGCAGGGAGAUGGUGCACCGCAUCGCGCUGAGCUUCCUGGACAUGGUGUGGCACUUUGACAACGACUUCACACACAAACUGCACCUGUGUGACAUCAAACCGGAGAACUUCGCCAUCAGGAAGGACCUGACGGUGGUGGCCAUCGACGUGGACAUGGCGUUCUUCGAGCCGAAGAUGAGGGACAUCCUGGACCAGAACUGCAGCAGCGAUGACGACUGUAACUUCUUCGACUGUUCGUCCAGGUGUAACCUGAACAGACGCAGGUGCAGCCCCCGCCGCAGGAACAGCAACCUGCAGGUGAUCUGUGAGAAGAUUUUCAGGCCGUGGUUUUCUCCAACUCUGCUUGGGGCCAAAGCAGGACUCCCUUUGCAGGUGGAGCUGCAGCGAGCGGUGCAGGAGUGUUCAGAAACAGAGGGAGGUGUGGAGGAAAGAGAAGAGGACGGAGGAGGAAGAGGAGGAGGCGGCAGAGACAUCCAUCAGCGUCUGCUCAACAUCCUGACCCGCCUCCUCCAUGAGGGAGGGGCUUCAGGUGAAGGAGGAGGGGCGUGGGAGGAGAAAGGCCACGUCCACACAGCGCUGAACUUCUGAGGAGGUGAAAGGAAGUCCAUGAGAGACCUGCAGAGAGACGGAGACGGACGCUCUUUAGUCUUCAUACAGGAAUAAGGACGUAGAGGUUAAUGCACCUGACGAUGAUUCCUGUAGAAACGUUCAUCCUGAGAUCCAGUGAACCCGCUGGAGAAAACACAUACACUUGUUUACAUGUUGGCUGAAGGCAAACAAUUCAUCCACUGACCCAUCUCAGGUCCAGAGCCGCCUGUUGAGCCACAGUCACUUCCACAAAAUCAGUAGUAACAGGACGGAGAUUCCUUCCAGGUCUGGACCAUUUCCGAGACAUAUUCAGUCCAAAUACGAACUAUAAAUCUAGACACCACAUGGACAAAGGUUUGCGACCACAUCAUAUACAGCGGUACAGAAGACUAGACUUUGUUUCCCGGUGUCCAAUCCAUCACUUUGGGUUUCAUCACAGCGAAUCUGGAAACAUGUGGCGAAGCCUUAAGUGUGUUCUCGUCAGAGGAACAUGUUGUGGAGGUUUUCUUCAUUUACUAAACCAGUUAGUCUCAGUGAGAUUUAAAAACUCUCUCUCGUUUGAAGAGAGCCUGUAGUCAGAAAACAGAUGUACAUAAAGCUGUAGGUCGACCGUAACCGUGAGAAGUAAUGUGAACAUUUAUUAAUGAAGUUAAAUUCUGGUUUCAUAGUUAAAUUGUCCGCUUUCCUUUUCUUAGGGUUUAAGUUUGACAGUUCACUGGUGAGUUUUGAGGUUUUCACCCAUGACUUAGUCACUGACAUUGUCCAGCUGAACUAUUUCCAUUCCAAACAUCGUCUUUUUUAAUUCUCUAAAAUGGUCAAAUUCUCAUAAAUGAUAAAUAUGAAGCUGCAGCCAGGAGUCGGUUAGCUUAGCUUAGCUUAGCAUACAUACUGGAAACAGGGGGAAACAGUUAGCCUGGCUCUGUCAACACCGAGCAGAGAGAGAAGCUCACACGCUGAACACAUAAUAUCUUCUUAAUUUAUUUUUGUGUUUACAUCAGCAGCUGGACGGCUUCAUUUUAACACACAGUAGAUGUGUAGAGACUAAACGGCCUCUCCAGGGCCGGGCUUCUGUAAACAGACUAAGUAUAGGUGAAGUUUGUUUUCAUAUGUACA